CGGCAGUGAUGUGACAUUUAAAUCAAACAGAGUGAUGCAGCUCGACACACAACUUGUCCUCUAACUUAUACCACGUCAACCCCGUCGGCGUCCCAUUCCUUGCGGUCGCGUCUUCCGACUGCUGUGGUCAAUCAUGGCGUCGUCUACGGACGUUCUCAUUCUCACCGUCGGCCUCGUUCUUGCCGCGGUCUAUCUCUUCAAGGAACAGUUGUUCGCUGCGAAGCCCAAGGCUGCACCAGUUGCAACACCGAAGGCUAAUGCCGGCUCCGGUAACCCUCGAGAUUUCGUGGCGAAGAUGAAGGAUGGGAAAAAGCGCAUCGUCAUAUUCUACGGAUCACAAACUGGCACCGCCGAGGAGUACGCAAUUCGCCUUGCAAAGGAAGCCAAAUCGAAGUUUGGACUAGCCUCGCUCGUAUGCGACCCGGAAGAGUACGACUUCGAGAACUUGGACGAGGUCCCCGAAGAUUGCUGCGUCGUCUUUGUGAUGGCAACUUACGGAGAGGGCGAGCCGACGGAUAACGCGGUGACGCUUUGCCAGAACCUGUCUGAUGAGUCCUUCGAAUUUGGCAAUGGCGAGCACAAGCUCUCCGGGCUCAAAUAUAUCGUCUUCGGGCUCGGAAACAGGACGUACGAGCACUACAAUCUGAUUUCGCGGAACGUUGACCGGGAUCUGCAAAAGAUGGGCGCGGUCCGCAUCGGAGAGCGUGGGGAGGGUGAUGACGAUAAGAGCAUGGAGGAAGACUACCUUGAAUGGAAGGACAGCAUGUGGGAAGCAUUUGCGAAGGCCAUGGGCGUCGAGGAAGGCCAGGGCGGCGAUACACCCGAUUUCGUUGUCACGGAAGUGGACGAGCACCCGCCUGAGAAGGUGUAUCUUGGUGAGCUAUCUGCACGCGCCUUGACUCGUUCGAAAGGCAUCCACGACGCAAAGAAUCCAUACCCUGCGCCAAUCACGGUCGCGCGGGAGUUAUUCCAGCAUGGAACAGACCGCAACUGCAUUCAUAUGGAGUUUAACACGGAGGGUUCUGGAAUCACUUAUCAGCAUGGCGAUCAUGUCGGUGUUUGGCCUUCAAACGCAGAAACCGAGGUUCAACGGCUGCUGUGCGCUCUUGGUCUGCACGAGAAGAAGGACAAGGUGAUCAACAUCGAGUCCCUCGAUCCGGCGCUCGCAAAGGUUCCAUUCCCUGUGCCUACGACAUACAUCACGGUACUUCGUCAUUACAUCGACAUCAGCGCCGUCGCAGGUCGUCAGAUUCUCGGUGUCAUGUCCAAGUUCGCACCAACGCCCGAGGCGGAGGCUUUCUUGAAGAAUCUAAAUACGAACAAAGAAGAAUACGCGCACAUUGUGACGAACGGUUCCCUCAAGCUCGGCGAGAUCCUGCAGUUAGCUGCUGGCAACGACAUCUACGCCGAGCCUACCCCUGAGAGCACCACCGCUUGGGCGAUUCCGUUUGACAUUAUAGUCUCAUCGAUCCCCCGACUUCAGCCUCGGUACUACUCUAUAUCCUCCAGCCCCAAGCUCUACCCCAACUCGAUCCACGUCACGGUUGUCGUCCUCGCAUACGAAUCUAUCGCGAACGAGAAGGUCAAGACCAGAUGGGUUCACGGUGUGGGUUCCAACUUCAUCCUCAACCUCAAGUUCGCUGCGGCCGGCGAGAAUCCCGCUGUGAUUGCGGACGCUGAGAGCGAGAAGGCUGCAUUGGUGUUGCCGCCGAAGUACGCGAUCGAGGGACCGCGUGGCGUGUACAGGCAGGAUUCGAUCUACAAGGCACCUAUCCACGUCAGACGGUCAACGUUCAGGCUUCCAACGAACCCCAAGAGCCCCGUUAUCAUGAUUGGACCUGGAACGGGUGUUGCUCCUUUCCGCGGCUUCGUGCAAGAGCGUGUUGCGAUGGCCCGACGCACGAUUGAGAAGAACGGCGUGGAGGGUCUCGCGGACUGGGGCAUGAUUCGGCUUUACUACGGCUGCAGACGUUCGGAUUUGGACUUCCUCUACAAGGAGGAGUGGCCGGAGUACGCGAAGGAACUGCAUGGCAAGUUUACGAUGCGCUGCGCGUUCUCCCGCAAGCCACCAUACAAGCCGGACGGAAGCAAAAUUUAUGUGCAGGACCUGCUGUGGGAGGACCACGAGCAAGUUGCGGACGCUAUCCUCAACGGGAAGGGAUACGUGUACAUCUGCGGCGAUGCGAAGAGCAUGAGCAAGGCCGUGGAGGAGACGCUGUGUAAGAUUCUGGGAGAGGCGAAGGGCGGGUCGGCAGAGGUGGAGGGUGCGGCGGAGGUGAAGCUGCUCAAGGAGAGGAGCCGCAUGCUCUCGGAUGUCUGGAGCUGAUCGUGCAGCGACAUUGAUCUCUUGCGACUAAUUGGCUCACUAGAUGUCUCUUUUGCAUACGCUGAAGAUGCUUCCGUUUUCUUACAAUGGCUAUCGAUCGACUUUAUAUGCGGAUCUGCAUGGCUUCGCUUGCUGGUAGACAUGGAUAGUCCUUCCGGCAUUAGAUGUAUUUAUCUCGUGUGGAAUAGAAUGUGCAUAGCUGCGUCUGUAGUAUGCGUACAUUGUCGAUCCUGGGUAUGAUACGAGGCAGCCAUAGUGGCAAUAGUGGUUUCCUCAAGAAGCUGGAGUUCAUCAUAGUUCGAUAUUUGAACAGCGCAUGCUUGAUGGCAACUUUUGUUGUGGCAAACUCGUUUGGAGUUCGUGAGCACCUGCUGGAGCGCAAGCGCCGCGAACGUUAGACGGCC